GAACCAGUCCAGCCCCUCUCCAUCGCCCCUUUCCUCCUCUCUCCCCUCUCCCCUUCAUAGGCCCUCUUCAUUAUCCUACCUAAUCUUCACCCUCAUCUCUCCUCCUGGCUCCCUCUGCCCGCAUUACCGCGUAUCUAAUACGACGCGGCCGGAUUCCGCCCCCCAGCAUGUCUGUGGUGCCCGUCGACACGACCCUUCAGGUCCCCCCUCCAGACCCAGUCCAAGAGCCACCCAAGGUGGCCGUCACGCCGUGUGACCCAUGGCCUGCAAAUUACUACUUCGAAGGCGGCCUGCGCCGGGUCAAGCCAUACCACUAUACCUAUAACACCUACUGCAAGGAGCGCUGGAGAGGCAGAGAGUUGGUGGAUAUCUUCCUCUCGGAAUUUCGCGAUCGCCCAGCCGAAUACUACAGAAAGGCUCUAGCAGAUGGCCUCGUCGCCGUCAACGGCAAGCCGGCCGGCCCCCAUACCGUCGUCAAAAACGGCGAAAUCAUUUCGCAUACCCUGCAUCGCCACGAACCCCCCGUCACCGGGAAGGAUAUCGGUAUAAUCCACGAGGAUGAUGACCUGAUUGUCAUUGACAAGCCUGCUGGCGUGCCCGUUCACUCCGCCGGUCGGUACCACUACAACUCCGUGCUCGAGAUUAUGCGCUCGCAGCGCUUUCGCGAAUGGGUCCCCCGACCCUGUAACCGUCUGGACCGGCUCACUUCUGGAGUCAUGUUCCUCGGAAAUACUCCCAAAGCCGCGGAGAACAUGACCAAAAAGCUCAAGGCCCGCACACUCCAGAAGGAGUAUGUGGCGCGCGUCAAGGGAAAGUUCCCCGAUGGAGUCAUCGUCUGCGAUCAGCCCAUCAUGUCCGUGAGCCCGAAGGUGGGCCUCAACCGCGUUCGCGCGACAGGCAAGGAGGCAAAGACCAAGUUCCGUCGUCUCGCGUAUAUUCCUCCCCAAGCCCCGGAACCUCAAACCGUUGAUGCGGACGGACGGCCGGCGACUCCACCUCCGAUCUACUCCAACGAAAGCGAAGGAUACAGUAUCGUCCACUGCCUACCUUUGACUGGACGGACACACCAAAUCCGCGUGCACCUCCAGUUCCUCGGCCACCCAAUCUCGAACGAUCCGAUUUACUCCAAUCGCAAGGUCUUUGGACCCGAUCUUGGCAAGAACGAGACUACUGACGAGCGCGACUCCGAGCUUAUCGAUCGACUAUGUAACAUCGGCAAGACCGAAGUCCCCGACACGGUGAGCUACCGGACACACCUCACUGCGGCGCCGUUGGUUCCACCUGGCACAGACAGCUCCGUUGUGGAGCAGAUCAUGUCGCGCGAACACGAAGCCGCUGUGGAGAGAUACCAUAAGCGCAAGGGUGAGAUGCUGUCCGGCGACAGAUGCUCCGUUUGCGACACGGAGCUCUACACGGAUCCUCGGCCCGAGGACCUGGGUAUCUUCCUCCACGCUGCGGCGUAUUCCGACAAAGAGGACGGUUGGAAAUACACCAGCAAGAUGCCCAGCUGGGGCCUGCCACCGGACGGCGUGGAGGGUCCGCGCGAGAUGCCCGACUGGGUGUUUGGCCCGGAAGAAGAUGAGAUCGUCAUCGGAUAUGGCGUUGUGCCCGACCUGGGGGAUGGCUCUGAGCCGAAUAUCCCUGCCCUCGUGCAAGGUGUUGGCCUCGUCGAUAUUUCAUCCGGCAGGAAGGCCGAUGCUGAGGCUGCUGAGGCUGCUGCUGCGGCAGUUUAAGUUGGAUGUUCAGGAUGCAUUAUGCAUAAUUGGCGUUUGCAAUUAGAUCUGUUAGACAUGUGAGAUGCACUACAUUUGCCACAUACGGGGCUCGUUUGCUUGAUACCAUGAUAGA